AUGACAACCAAAACACCCCUUUACUAUUGCAAAGGUAUCCCACUUUACUUGCCUCCUUAUCCAGCUCUGACAGAAAACCUUUCUCUUCCAAUUCUUGACCUUCAAAUAAGGAUCAAGGCCAUGAAGCAACCAAUUCGGUUCUCUCGCAAAUAA